UUUAGCCGCCAAGGAAAUCCCGCCCGUCGCUCACUGCACUGCACUGUACGGCGGAGCUACCAAUGCGGUGCCGUGUAAAGCAAGCACUUCAAGUUGCUGAACUACAGUCCUACAAUUCAUCCGCGUCCGAGUCUGUCUCAACUCCGUAUUAACCUCCCACGAACUCCCUCGACGCCUUCAUUUCCCCGACAAAUCCAGCGUCUCACUGUCCAGCUGCUGAUGAGGUGAUCCGGACAGCAUUGGUGUGCAGCCUUGACUAGCCGCAGCCAUGGCGGACAUAUUUGACUCGAAACCAACCUACAAUUCCGAAGAACCUGUCUAUCAGCCCAAAGAUGCACUCGCAACGUCGUUGCGCGGAGCGACUCUGGCGGGUGCAGCAGGUCUGUUCCUGGCCUCCGUCCAAAAUACCAUGGCGAAGGGCGACGUCGGAAUUUUAAGUGUCUUCACACGAUUUGGGACCACAGUAGGAUUGUUCACGGCCGUGGGUGGUACAUUUGCAUUCACCACCACCGCAUGUGCCAAUCUGCGGGAAAAGAACGACCCCUGGAACCACGGAAUUGGAGGUGCAAUUGCUGGCGCUCUCCCCGGUCUUGCAAAGAGAUCAAUGCCGGCGACGCUUGGAGGCAGCUUCGCCCUGGGUGCAUCCAUGGCCGUAGCCAGCUACACAGGCCGCUCUGUGUUCGAGUCAGCUUCAGACGAACCCCAACUCGAUCGUAUCGGGUACAAAGAGGAGGCGAAGACGCGAUACAGAAGACCAAUCAAUGAAACUAUCAACGAGCUUGGAGAAGGAAGAGGCAUUUACGGACCAGGAUACGAAGAGAGACGGAAACAAAGAAUUAAAGAGAAAUACGGAAUCGACAUACAGCAGCCAUAUUAUAUGGGAGCGUCGAGUCCGCCAGCUGAAUGAUGCUCCACCGCAGAGCUACUACAACAGCGCUGCAAUUUGGGAGGAUAUCCGGGUUCAUGGGCCUGCAUAGAAAUGACCCUCAUAUUGCAUCCUGACUGAUUGUUCUUCCAUUCGCCCUGGGAAACACGGAUGAGAUGUUUCCCACCGGAAAGCAGCCCAAGUACUCAGUUCAUGUGAGCGGAAGCUGCGGAACCGUUUCCCCGUGAGUCAGAUGGAUGUAUGUACCUUACUGCUCAAAUGCUACAAAUCCCAUGCAACAAAACUCUCGCGGCGUCUGGCAACUGUUCUUACUUAGUCCAAACUUUUGCAACCAAGCUUCUUGGGUUCCAAUUCCGCUUCUGAUCUCGUCUAAUACAACACCUCCGCUUGAAGCGACCAAGCAAUAUUGUGGUGAGCGGAGAUGUCAGUGGUUGGAAGCCAGAGCAACUUCUGUCGAAUGCUGUAGAAGUUUUCCAAUGGACCGGGAAACCGAGAGCUCGGCAGCUUCCGCUUGGGCUAUCAUCCACAAGCGCACCGCCAUGCCUACUGUACCUAGGUAGAUGAUGUAGCAAGAAGCGCCACAAUAAUAAGGAGUACAUUGUAUCCUAUUAGUAGAUAUAGGGAAGCCAGCUAUCCAGGUAUCCAUUUCUCC